AAUCAUCUUCAAGCAAAAAACAUGAAGUAAAACGUUAUAAAUAUAGAAAUAACCCUGAUCCAAAAUGGAUGAAUAAUGCAAAAAAAUAUACAAAUGAACUUGCAAAAGGAACUAUUAAUUAUAGAAAACAAAGUAUUGAUCAACAUCUUACUCAUCAUGAGCAUAAAGCUGAAGCUGAAGCAAGAAAAUCUUAUUAA